AUGACCACUGCUAUGCCUGCCUUGCAGGCUCUUACAGACGAUGUUGCCCUCUAUAUGUCCGGGAGACUCCGCUACAACAUCUUGCAGGAGGGUCCGAACGACUUCCCACCAAAGGAGCUAGGCGAGGACCUUGUCACCGCAUGCGAACAGGCUAUUUCGGUGAUAACGGAGGCAUGGAUGGCGAAGCCUAUUCAAGUGGACUGGCAUAUCGAGGAGUUCGUUAAGGAGUUGGGAUCACGACCUACAGGAAUGAAUGAAGUUUUGGAGGCGGACUUAAUGAAGAAGUUUCCACCUGCAUAUCCCUCUGAACGGGAGGUUGUGGAAGGAAGGCCCUUGAGAGUUCUGGAUGUCCGCGGCUUUACGCUGGCUUGGUAUUUGCCUGAGGCAAUAUCGGAAACUGUUCAGAACCGUCUUAUAUGUGCAUUGGCCCAUCUUAGGCCCUACUUGAAAGCUAACCCUCCUCGAAGCGGAGGCGGAUGGCGAAAUGACACAAGUGGCUACCACCUUUAUCAUAAAACUAAGGCACUUGCCUGUAGAGCUGUGUGUAUAAGUCCACAAGUUUUAUGAAAGGCCUUUCAUAGGUGUGUCCUGUGUCUUUCUUUCUCAUAAAGGCUAUGUUCUUCUCAUAAGAUAUAGGCAAGGCCACAGAGUGCUUUUCAUAAUUAAACCUGUGCGCUUUCAAUAGGUAUUUCAUUCACUGGGUUAGGUGUAUUCAUUGCCUUUUUCAUAAUUAAUGGUGUGCACUUUCAUUGAAUAUUUCAUUAGGAAUUUUGGGCGCUUUCAUUGCUUUUUUCAUAAUUAAUCCUGUGUGAUUUCAAUAAAUAUUUCAUUCACU